UCUUACGUCAUUCCCGUCCAAUCGUAAGGCAAGGUUGGGCCCCGGCAAACCGUAUUUAAAGAAGUGCCAGCCUAAGCGCUCAACUCGCCCAACUGUUCGUUCCGAGCGGCAGUAACUUACUUACUCACCAUGGCACGUACUAAGCAAACGGCCCGCAAGUCCACCGGUGGCAAGGCGCCCCGCAAGCAGCUUGCCACGAAGGCAGCUCGCAAAUCUGCUCCUGCCACUGGAGGUGUCAAGAAGCCCCACCGUUACAGGCCAGGAACCGUGGCCCUCCGUGAGAUCCGCCGUUAUCAGAAGAGCACCGAACUGCUUAUCAGGAAGCUGCCUUUCCAGCGCUUGGUGCGUGAAAUUGCCCAGGAUUUCAAGACUGACCUCCGCUUCCAGUCCUCCGCUGUCAUGGCCCUCCAGGAAGCUUCCGAGGCUUAUCUCGUGGGUCUCUUUGAAGACACUAACCUGUGCGCCAUCCACGCCAAGCGUGUCACUAUCAUGCCCAAGGACAUCCAGCUGGCUCGUCGAAUCCGUGGCGAGCGUGUGGCUCCUAUGGAGCCGGCCAAGAUGCCACACUUUGUCAAACGCCUUGCUGACAUCACGGAGGACGAGAUGGCAUCGGUAGCGGAAGCUUGGUGUAUAGCCAGCGUUUCCGUGGCUAUGGCGAUGGCGUGGGUUGUCCUCUCCUCUCUUGAAGCCAAACUGUGGUACAGUCCGUGUCCUUCCAGGUGGUCUCUAAGUCUGCUCGUAAUAAUCCUCUCGAACAUUUUCCUGGGACUUCCAAAGGGAGAUGGGUCUGUAGCUGUCGGGCCGGGGCAGGUGACCUUGGUGGACCGGAUGGCCCGGGCCAGCUCCAGAGAUGAGAUCCGACAGUUGAGCGGAGAGUCACCCCGCAGUCUUGCCAGAUCUGCCGCUGCAUAUGGGAUUCAUCGCCUCCUGAGGAAGGGCAACUACGCCGAGCGAGUGGGGGCUGGCGCCCCCGUGUACCUUGCAGCGGUCAUGGAGUACCUGGCCGCCGAAGUCCUCGAGCUUGCCGGCAACGCCGCCCGCGACAACAAGAAGACUCGCAUCAUCCCGCGUCACCUGCAGCUGGCCAUCCGGAACGACGAGGAACUUAACAAGCUCCUCUCCGGGGUCACCAUUGCACAGGUUGCUGUUGUUGACACCAAAUUCCAGACACCAGAUUUAACCGCCAAAUCCGUAGAGGGUACGUCCCUGACGCUUGAGGGCGUAGACGACGUCCAUGGCAGUGACGGUCUUGCGCUUGGCGUGCUCGGUGUAGCGCUCAACUCGCCCAACUGUUCGUUCCGAGCGGCAGUAACUUACUUACUCACCAUGGCACGUACUAAGCAAACGGCCCGCAAGUCCACCGGUGGCAAGGCGCCCCGCAAGCAGCUUGCCACGAAGGCAGCUCGCAAAUCUGCUCCUGCCACUGGAGGUGUCAAGAAGCCCCACCGUUACAGGCCAGGAACCGUGGCCCUCCGUGAGAUCCGCCGUUAUCAGAAGAGCACCGAACUGCUUAUCAGGAAGCUGCCUUUCCAGCGCUUGGUGCGUGAAAUUGCCCAGGAUUUCAAGACUGACCUCCGCUUCCAGUCCUCCGCUGUCAUGGCCCUCCAGGAAGCUUCCGAGGCUUAUCUCGUGGGUCUCUUUGAAGACACUAACCUGUGCGCCAUCCACGCCAAGCGUGUCACUAUCAUGCCCAAGGACAUCCAGCUGGCUCGUCGAAUCCGUGGCGAGCGUGCCUAAUAAGUGUGUCAUCCAAGGCAAGCAAGCAACAACAAACAAUAUCUAGGCCCUCUUCA